UGGCGGCGCCGGCCCUGCUCUAAGGGUUCUCCGCCCUCCCGCCGAGAAGGGAGUCCCUGUGCUCCCGUGGGCAGUGCCAGGCCCGGCCCCAGCCCCGCUGCGCCACCGGGGCCUGCCCGGGGUGGGAGAGGAGGAGGAGGAGGAGGAGGGACUCCGCAGCGGCAACAACUGACGUGUCCCCGCCAUGGAGCUCGGCGUGAUUCAUCAGCAGCGGCGGGGCGGCAGCGGGAUGCCGCGCUCCGCUCCCGCGUAGGCACUGCUGCGGCGGGGGCAGCCCCGGCACGGCUCUGCCGCCCGCACCGCCCUCCUCCUCCUCCUCCUCCUCCUCCUCCUGCUCGCCGCCUGCUUCUCUUCCCCCGCGGCUAGGCGAAGAUCCCGAGGGAGGCAAGAUGGAAGAAAUCCUGCGAAAGCUGCAGAAGGAGGCGUCGGGGAGCAAGCACAGGGCCAUCAAGGAGAGCUGCACCUGGGCCAUCGAAACCUUGGAUUCUCCCGAUGCUGCUAUCAAGAUACCUCCAUAUCAGCUAAGGGAGAAGUGUCUUCUUCCUCUUCAACUGGCUCUGGAAUCCAAGAGCAUGAAGCUGGCCCAACAGGCUCUAGCAGGGAUGCAGAAGCUGCUGUCUGAUGAGAGGUUUGUAUCCGUGGAAACAGACUCAGACGAGAAACAGUUGCUUAAUCAGAUGCUGAAUGCCGUCAAAGUGACUCCUUCACUCAAUGAAGACCUGCAAGUUGAAGUGAUGAAGGUCCUGCUCUGUAUAACAUAUACCUCUACAUUUGAAUUGAAUGGGAGUUCAGUGUUGAAGAUUGCUGAGGUUUGCAUUGAGACAUAUGUAUCUAGCUGUCACCAGCGGAGCAUUAACACCGCUGUGCGGGCAACCCUCAGCCAAAUGUUGAGUGACUUGACUUUACAGUUACGACAAAAGCAAGAAAACAUGACAAUUGAAAACCAUGACACCCUGCAAAAAUUCAAGAGUCAAGGUACUUCAGUGGAGUCUCUUUGUGAUGAUGUUGUAUCUGUCCUCACUGUGCUCUGUGAGAAGCUCCAGGCUGUCAUAAACGACAAUCGGCAACUUCAGCUUCUUUACUUGGAGUGCAUCCUUUCCAUGUUAAACAGCUUCUCUCCCAGCAUGCACCAGCACAAAGGAUUCACUGAUCUAAUAUGGAAGCAACUGUGUCCAGCCCUAGUAGUAAUCUUGGGAAAUCCAAUCCAUGACAAAACUAUCACCUCUGCCCACAGCAGCAUCUGUCUUGAGGCUGAUUCACCUUCCUCAGGGAUCUCUGAUCAUGGCCGAGGUUCAGGUUGUUCCUCCACAGCACCUGCUCUUAGUGGGCCCGUUGCACGGACCAUAUAUUAUAUUGCAGCAGAACUGGUUCGAUUGAUGGGGUCAGUGGAAUCCAUGAAGCCUGUGCUACAGUCUCUAUAUCACCGGAUUUUGCUUUACCCACCACCUCAACAUCGAGUAGAAGCCAUCAAAAUUAUGAAAGAGAUACUUGGCAGUCCUCGUCAGCUUUGUGAUUUGGCAGGGCCCUGCUCUUCUGAAUCAGAAUCCAAGAAGAAGUCUAUUUCUAAAAGGAAGUCCCAUCUGGAUCUUCUCAAGCUUAUCAUGGAUGGGAUGACGGAAGCGUGCAUCAAAGGUGGUAUUGAAGCAUGUUAUGCUUCUGUGUCCUGCGUCUUUGCCCUGCUUGGAGCAUUAGAUGAGCUGAGCCAAGGGAGGGGUCUUAGUGAAGAGCAGAUCCAGCUGCUGCUCCAGCGCUUAGAAGAAUUGAAGGAUGGGACUGAAACGAGCAGGGACUCCAUGGAAAUCAAUGAUGCUGACUUCAGGUGGCAGAGGCGCAUCCUGUCCUCAGAAAAUCCUGCCUGGGAAUCAGGAAAUGAGAAGAGUCCUGAUAUUAGCAUUAGCGUUACCACAGACACUGGUCAGACUACUUUGGAAGGGGAUAUGGGACAGACGACUCCAGAGGAUAAUCCAGAAAGUCAAAAAAACUCACUGGCAUCUCCAGCUGGACAUGAAAGCAAAGAGAUUCAUUACAGAGAACCAGAGUCAGAAACCAUUGACCAGCCAGAUGUUGUUCAAAGAAGCCACACCAUAGUCUAUCCAGAUAUAACUAAUUUCUUAUCAGUUGAUUGCAAGACCCGGUCCUAUGGAUCCAGAUACAGUGAAAGUAACUUCAGUGUAGAUGACCAGGACCUUUCUAGGACUGAGUUUGAUUCAUGUGAUCAGUAUUCCAUGGCAGCAGAAAAGGAUUCAGGCAGGUCUGAUGUCUCAGACAUAGGCUCUGACAAUUGCUCCCUGGCUGAUGAGGAGCAGACACCACGGGAUUGUCCAGGUCACAGGUCCUUGCGUACUGCUGCUCUCUCUCUGAAAUUGCUGAAAAGCCAAGAAGCAGACCAACACAGCGCACGGCUGUUUAUCCAGUCACUUGAAGCUCUCCUUCCUCGGCUUAUAGCUCUUUCCAGCAUAGAAGAAGUGGAUGAAGCACUGCAGAGCUUCUCUUCAACAUUCUGCUCAGUUACUCACCUUAUCCACGCCCCCAAAGUGACGACAGUGGAAAGUCCGAGAAGGCAGCAGCACAGAGCUUUCAAACCCUCACGAGGUAUGAUGCACUCACCAGGAUUUGAGGGAAACCUAAAUUUCAACUUCCAAACUCUGAUGAAUGCAGACAGUCUCUACGUGGUAUCACAUUACACUCUGCUGCUUAACCUAAAAUUGGCCAACUCAGAUUACUACAGGAAGAAGCCUGCCCAAGCCCCUGUGCUGCUGAAGGAGUUCAUGAAGCAGGUCCAGUCCAGUGGAGUGUUGAUGGUAUUUUCCCAGGCCUGGAUUGAAGAACUGUACCACCAGGUGCUAGAAAGGAACAUGCUGGGGGAAGCUGGAUACUGGGGAAGCCCUGAGGAGCACAGUCUUCCACUUAUCAGCAUGCUGACUGACAUCGAUGGCUUGGGAAGCAGUGCAAUUGGUGGCCAAUUGAUGGCAUCUGCUUCAGCUCAAUCUCCUCUUUCCCAAAACCGGAAGACAGAUGAUUCUGUUGUUGCAGGAGUUGCUUUUGCCCGAUACCUUUUAAUCGGCUGUUGGAAGAACUUGAUUGACACUUUGUCCACCCCACUGACCGGCCGCAUGGCAGGCAGCUCCAAGGGGCUGGCUUUCAUCCUGGGAGCAGAAGGAGCCAAGGAGCAGAACCAAAAGGAGAAGGACUCCAUCUGCAUGAGCCUGGAUGGAUUGAGGAGGGCAGCCCGGCUGAGCUGUGCUCUAGGAGUUGCUGCUAAUUGUGCAUCUGCUCUUGCCCAAAUGGCUGCUGCCUCCUGUGUCCAAGAAGAGAAAGAGGAAAAAGAAAUCCAAGAACCCAGUGAUACUAUAGCUCAAGUGAAACAGAAAGUGGAGCAGAAACUGGAGCAGAUGGGAAAAAUGCAGGGAGUCUGCUUGCACACUGCUCAUGUUUUGUGUAUGGAUGCAGUCCUUAAUGUGGGUCUGGAGAUGGGAAGCCACAAUCAAGACUGUUGGCCUCAUGUAUUCAGGGUGUGCGAGUACAUCAGCACUCUGGAGCACAGUCACUUCAGUGAUGGUGCUUCCCAGCCCUCCCUUACCAUCACCCAGUCACAGCAGGCACCUGGAGGGCUACACCCAGCCUCUGAGCCUGGUGACUCUCCUCAGGCACUCACCCCCGAGCAGGAGACCACCCUCAGCAGCCAUCCUGUCAUUCAGCCUGUUUCUAUCCAGGAUCUCAUCAAGGACAACAGUAAGGGCAGAGCUUUCGAAUUCCGUGGAGGCAGUCUGCUGUGUGGGACCAGUGCUGCCAAGGCUGUUCUCACACUCUCCACGCAAGCUGACAGGCUCUUUGAAGAUGCUGCUGACAAGUUAAACUUGACGGCAUUGGCAGGCUUCCUUUACCAGCUCAAGAAGGCUUCUCAGGCCCAGCUUUUCCAUUCAGUCACAGAUACAGUUGAUUACUCACUAGCAAUGCCAGGUGAAGUAAAAUCUACCCAGGACAGGAGGAGUGCACUUCACUUGUUCCGACUUGGUGAUGCCAUGCUCAGAAUUGUAAGGAGUAAAUCUCGCCCAUUGCUCCACCUCAUGCGCUGCUGGAGCCUGGUGGCACCUCACCUUGUAGAGGCUGCCUGUCAUAAGGAGAGGCAUGUGUCUCGAAAGGCUGUCUCCUUCAUCCACGACAUCCUCACUGAAGUGCUGAUGGACUGGAAUGAGCCUUCUCACUUCCACUUUAAUGAGGCACUUUUCCGCCCCUUUGAGCGCAUCAUGCAGCUAGAGCUGUGUGAUGAGGAUGUUCAGGACCAGGUGGUCACCUCUAUAGGAGAGUUGGUGGAAAUGUGUUCUACCCAGAUCCAGUCGGGAUGGAGACCCCUGUUCAGUGCCCUGGAAACAGUGCACAGCAGCAACAAGUCAGAGGUUAAAGAGUACCUUGUAGGAGAAUACUCUAUGGGAAAACGCCAGGCUCCAGUGUUUGAUGUCUUCGAAGCAUUUCUAAACACAGACAGCAUCCAGGUCUUUGCCAAUGCUGCCACCAGUUAUAUUAUGUGCCUUAUGAAGUUUGUCAAAGGACUGGGGGAAGUAGAUUGUAAGGAGGUGGGUGACUGUAUGCCAGGAUCAGGAUCUGCAUCUACAGACUUGUGCCUUCCUGCGCUUGAUUACCUCAGGAGAUGUUCUCAGUUGUUAGCCAAAAUCUAUAAAAUGCCCUUGAAACCCAUCUUCCUCAGUGGUCGGCUGGUUAACUUGCCCCGAAGAGCGCAGGAACAGUCAGCCAGCAGUGAGGAUGGUAUUGAAUGCAUCCUUUCUGACUUUGAUGACGAUACUGGCCUUAUCAAUGUCUGGAUUAUUCUGCUGGAAGAAUUAACAACUGCCAUAUCCAACUGUCCCCGUCAACACCAGCCUCCUACUUUGGAUCUGCUCUUUGAACUGCUGAGGGACAUUGCCAAGACACCUGGACCAGGAUUUGGCAUUUACGCGGUUGUACAUCUUCUUCUUCCUACGAUGUCUCUUUGGCUCCAUCGCAGUCAUGGUGAUCAUUCUUACUGGGAUGUAGCAUCUGCUAAUUUCAAGCAUGCCAUUGGCCUUUCCUGUGAACUUGUAGUGGAGCACAUUCAAAAUUUCAUACAUUCAGAUAUUGGUUAUGAAAAUAUGAUCAAUACUAUGCUGAAAGAUCUUUUCAAGUUGCUGGUAGCCUGUGUAGCAGAACCAACAGAAAUUAUUUCCAGAGUUGGCUGCUCUUGUAUCAGGUAUGUGUUAGUGACAGCAGGGCCUGUUUUUACGGAAGAGAUGUGGAGGCUUGCCUGUUGUGCCUUGCAGGAUGCCUUCUCUGCCACUCUGGAGCCAGUAAAGAACCUGUUGGGCUAUUUCCACAGUGGUUCUGAAAGCUUUAGUGGAGAUGCCUGUGAAGUGAAGGUGGCAGCCCCCUCCCUCUCGCCAAGUGCUGAAGCGGAAUACUGGAGAAUCAGAGCCAUGGCACAACAGGUCUUCAUGCUGGAGACUCAGUGCUCCCCAAAGACUCCUAGCAACAAGGAAGGGUUUGAACAUGCCCAGUCAUGUGUGCUCAUCAUUGACCUGCCACCAGAUAAGAAACCAAAUGGGCAUAGCCAGAGAAGGAAGCUGGGUAUUCCUUUCAGGACGAUAGUGGUGAGCUUGCUGUCCCACCAAGUACUGCUCCAGAAUUUAUAUGACAUCUUACUGGAAGAAUUCGUGAAAGCCCCUUCUAACUUGGAGGAGAAAAUGACAAUACAAGUACCAGAAAACAAGUUGGCUGGUUUUCUCAGGUACAUCUCCAUGCAAAACCUGGCUGUCAUCUUUGACUUACUGCUGGACUCCUACAGAACAGCCAGAGAGUUUGACACGAGACCUGGUUUGAAGUGUUUGCUGAAAAAAGUAUCUGGCAUAAGUGGAGCUGCCAACUUGUAUCGACAGUCGGCAAUGAGCUUCAACAUCUACUUCCAUGCCUUGGUCUGUGCAAUCCUGACAAACCAGGAGAACAUCACUGCAGAGCAAGUGAAAAAGAUCCUCUUUGAAGAUGAUGAGAGAAGCACAGACUCAUCACAACAGUGUUCUUCAGAAGAUGAAGACAUUUUUGAAGAGACUGCCCAGGUCAGUCCCCCCCGAGGGAAGGAGAAGAGGCAGUGGAGGGCUCGUAUACCAUCUCUGAGCGUGCAACCCGUCAGCAAUGCAGACUGGGGGUGGCUAAUCAAGCGGCUUCAUAAGCUCUGCAUGGAACUGUGCAACAACUAUAUCCAGAUGCAUCUGGACCUGGAGAAUAAUGUAGAGGAGCCUCCAGUAUUCAAAGGUGACUCCUUCUUCAUUUUACCAUCUUUUUACUCAGAAACCUCCACCCCAUCGACUGGAGGGCUAUCUGGAAAGGACACACCAUCAGAAGAUGACCGCAGUCAAAUCAGGGACCAACUGGGAGACAGCCUGACACCUCGAGGAGGAAGUGGAGAAAUGUUGCUGCUCCCCCCACCCUUAAGUCCUAAACCAGAGAAAAAAGAGCAAACCAAGAAAAAAGAAUGGUGGGAGAGUGCUGGCAACAAGAUCUACACUAUAGCCACUGACAAAACCAUCUCCAAGCUCAUGACAGAAUACAAGAAGAGAAAGCAGCAACAGGCCAUGACAUCCUUCACCAAAGAGAUCAAAGUGGAGAAGAAAGGGGAGCUCCUGGGUUCAAGAGGGCCAGAUUCACCCGUACUCCAGCGGCCACAACAUCUUAUAGAUCAAGGUCAAAUGAGGCAUUCAUUCAGUGCUGGUCCAGAGAUCCUGAGACAAGAGAAGAGACCACGCUCAGGAUCUACAGUCAGCUCCUUGAAUAUAUCUGUUAGGGAUGCUGAGGCCCAGAUACAGGCAUGGACCAACAUGGUGCUGACAGUUCUCAACCAGAUUCAGGCCCUGCCAGACCAAACUUUCACAGCCCUGCAGCCAGCAGUGUUCCCCUGUAUCAGCCAGCUGACUUGCCAUGUGACAGAUAUCCGUGUCCGCCAGGCAGUACGGGAAUGGCUGGGAAGAGUGGGGCGAGUUUACGAUAUCAUCAUUUAAACCAAGCAGUGCUCUGUUGCAAAGGGCAAAAGGCAUUCAAGGUAUACAGCAAAGAAGUAUUUGGGGUUCAUUAGUUGCCUAUUUGUUGGUCGUAAAUUAAGAAACAACGAGCUUGUUGAUUUAUGUCAUCCACUUGAGAUUGUGUGUUCCUCGCUCACACUAGCAAAGGAGGCAAAACAUGAGUCUGUCCAAGUGUCUGGCAUGGCCCCAGAACCCAGAAACUACCAGUAAGUCAGGCUGGUACCUGAAGGGGUGAUAGAUUUCAGUACCCUUCAUUUUAAUUCAAAUUUGCGACAGUGGGAGCCACAAGAAACUGCAGCAGAACUUCCACACUUGCAAUUAGCUGUGAAUGCAACUGUCAUGUGGAUGUCAAACCAGGUCAGUAAGCCUAUGUAACUUAAAUAAAUAAAUAAAUGCAAGUCAGGAAAAAGAUGGAGCUGUAUGACAAGCAAAAACAUGACACUUUUUAGGAUAACAUUUUCCCUUCAAAAAUUAGCAUGAGAGAGGAUAGGCAACUAAAGACUAUUAUAGUACCCAUAUACAUCACUUACUAAAGAAAGUGGAAAUUGAUUUUGCUCCAAGAAGAGCCUUUGAAGUCUGGUCACAUUUGGAGUAGCUAAAGUAUUCCAGGUCUAAAACUGGUGAACCAAGCACAGACUAUUGAUCCUUUUCAUUGCUCUUGUGGAGUAUUGCUUGAAGAGAAAUGGCACUGUCGAGCUGCCCUCUCUCCAGUGCUACCCUGGCUGCCUCUUCAGCUAUGCCUACAGCUGACCACUUUUUCACAGGUCAAAUUCCCCCUAAGGGCAAAAGGGAAGUUUGUUUUGUGUUUCCUGUGAAGCUGUGGGGAAGACACAACACAGAGUAAAUACCAGCAUGUGCCGGUAUGCAACAUUCAACGAAGCAGAAUAGGGAUAAAGUGUUCCAGUUUAAGCAACACUGUGGCUAUGAUUCUACUGGAAAUUUGUUUGCUUAUAUAGAGCUGCUGUAACCAGGAACACCCUUAUCACCUUUGUUAAAUGUAGCCUAUCAUUUCACAUUGAGCUGAAGCAAGAUGGAAAAUAGUCUGAAAGUCUUUCCUGUUUCUCUUCCAUUUCUUACCUGCUGCUCCUCGUGGAGGUUCAUCCCCCUCUGUGCAGCACUCCUAUAGGGACUACUGCAAUUUGCUGUUAUUAGGAAGAGGGAGGAGAAGGGGAAGGAUUGACUUGUGUUGUCAAAUGCAUAUGUGAUGCUCUUCGCACUAGACACAGCAAAGGGUUACCUUGCAGCACAAGUUAUGUCACGGCCCCUGGGACAUUCCAUCUGGAACUCCCAUGCCACAUAAUUUGUUGAUCAGAGUUGAAAUAACUUGUUGAAAAUAAGUUGAUUUUUAAUCUUUGGUGACCCCCUUAAUGCUGUUCUCCCAAGAUUUUAAAAUGUGCAUACCAACUAAAUAUACAGCUUCAGUCCCCACUCCAAAGCAUUCUAAAAAUGUCAUCUCUUUAUAUCAGGCCUGGAUUUUGCACAACUAACUGCUUUUAGCAUCUUAAACCUAGAAAACCCAAGGGAGCCAAGAGGCUUCACUGAACAGCCAUCACCCAAACUGCUGUGUUUACAAAGAAUCUGCCACUAUCCUCCUGCCUUUUCCCUCUGUUGCCUACUUUCCAUUUGUCACCUGUUAGACUUGUGCAGGGAAUAUUUGUCCCAUAAAUUUCUGUAGUGUCAGUCAUGCUGUUUCCCUUUCUUUCGAAACUUCUCUUUGCUAAACUGUUUAAAGGACAUAAAAGUUCCAUAAAAACAACUCUUUCGUACCACCUAAACUGAAUUUUUAAAUGACCAAGAAUUUUUUCAAUUGUCAGUUUUCUCCCAACAGUUUAAAUACUUCCUCGGGGACGGUUAGAUUAGCCUUUGGUAUCUGGGAGAGUUGUAGCACAGUUUGAGUUCUGUUGCCAUGUCCUUCUUAUACAUCUUUAGGUAGAGUAAAAGAGUGGUUAUAUUUUUUGUGCAAGUUUUUACUGGGCAUCUAUAUAGAACUGGUUUUAAAGCAGUACAUUAGUUAGGCAACAACAGAAAUCAGAAUAAUAAACCAUAUGCAAAACAGGUUUUGAUUAUUUAAAGAAACCCAGGUUUUCAUUAUAAAUUAUAUGAAUGGAUGCAGAUCCUUGUGGUACUGAUCUAAAACUAAAAAAAAUCGCUAGAUUACGUUGGGGUACUAAAAUUGGUAGCAGUACUGGUGAAAUCACCCAGGACUACAGAAGAGACCCUAGUAUCUAGGAAACACUAUGGUUAUAUGUUCUGGUUGCAAUACAAAAUCCUUCUGCAAAACAGAAAAAAAGCUCUAGGAGUGACAAUACCACUACCACCUCUCUCAAGUCAUGAAUAGUAUAACCUAGUAUUAUCUGAUUAGCCACCAUCUUGACCUAAAAUAUAAUUUAAUUUCAACUAUUUACACUAGAACUACCAUACUGGAAAAUGAGGAGUAGAUUUGCUAUACUGCUGUUGCCCUGUUUUAAACAUUGUCCUUCAAAUUGUGCACCAAGUGCCCAUUGUCACCCUCAGUGCCUCUUCUUAUUAGCACCCCUCCAUAAGAGGUCAUGAGUAACUUUGAGUAAUUCCAGAAACGUGAUUUAAAAGGAGGGGUGUGGGGUUUGAAGCAGCAAGCUUUACAUAGCAAAAUUCAGCAUGUGCUGCUCUUCCUUUUCUUUAUGUGUUAAAUGAUAAGCAGGUGAGGAGAGCAGCCCAGGGCCACUUCAGUAACCAUUUAUCUGAGAUGUAGAAGCCUUCUGAUGCACCUUCAAAUUAUAAACAAAUAAAAAAAUUGAGUUAGUUCAUUGGAUUCUCAGCAAUUUUUUUGCUAGUUUAGCCAUAGACAUCAGCGAGCCCCAAAGAAGUAGAACAAUAAACGCGUGAAGUCACUAUUUCAUAGGUCUGUGCAAUCUGUUUCAUGCCUCAUGGCUGCCAGCGUGAUACCUUUCAACCUCAAGCUUUUAGCCCAAAGGAGGAGUCUGCCAGGACAGUCCCAGGAAAAGGUGACUGGCAUCAGCCUGUCAUAAGCUUCAGGAGGGGAUUCCCAAACAUCCCAGUCAUGUCCAGCUACCUGUCCAUGCUACAGCAGCUUUUCUGCUUUCCACUUGUGAGUGGGGAAGCACCUCAGUCAGCAGCACAAAGUAGCCCUUGUACACAUGUAAGUCUUUCUCACACAUAUAACCCAUUCAAAUCCUCACUUAUAGCUCUAUAACCUAAUGCAUGAGCUAACAGCAGCAUCUUGGCAGCUUUACUCUGGUGGCUUGACAUCCUUCUCAGGUACCAGAGCUGCACCUCUGCUGCCUUUGCCUAAUUCACACUGCCCUCCUCAGGGUCACUGCAGCAAGCAGAGGCAAGGACACUCGUUUUCAAAUCUUGUAGGCAACCACUAACAGAGAAAGUUGCUGUUGUCCAUCAUCAACUACCUUUAAGCACAUGAAAUAGCUCAUCACUGUGCAAAUAUUUAAAGUGGACAAAAGCAGAGCACUCAUCAAGAAAGUGAUCCUUCUCUUACGUACCAGAAGCAAGGUUUGACCCCAGCUUACAUGAUCUCAGGCCAUUGCAUGUGUUUGCACUUUAUUCCGUACUGUGAACACAUGCAGACAUAUGAGAUGAUUGAUGCGUGUAUCUACAGAUACCUGUAGCUCCAGUCGCUGUCAUAUUCUGAGCAUUCAGCAGAUUUACAGAGAGCCAAUCCACGUUAGUAAUAUGUUUAUCAUGCUGUCCAAGUGCUUAUAUCACACCAGCACUGGUUAACGCGGUUACUCUGGUACAUUUUCUAAACAUUCAUCAGCCAUAGAAUUACCACCACUACCUUUUGGUUAACAUACUUUCAUGUCCUUAAGAUGUUAAGAUACGGAUUUAAUAUUUUCCUGGGGAUAAACACUCAUGUGAGAAUAACUGACUUAAUUUAGCAUCUGGAAAGAAUUGCUAGGAAAAGAUUUAGGCAAAACUUUCCUUGUACAACUUCAAGCACAGGCAACAGUUUUUUGCCUUAUCACAGAUAAAAAAUUCAUGUCCUCAGCACUAUGGCUGGCUCAUGCCAAGGCCAAGCACAGUUUACACCUGUGACUUGUAAGGUGCUUUGCCUUUCAGGUUGAGCUUCAAGUUUUUUUAAAACCUAAACAUUAACCUAAAUUCACUGACAAAUUCUCGCUCGCCAAAGAUAUAACCCCCACCUCUAAGUACCUUACGUUACUGUGUGUAAUCAUCAUCUGUACUUGAUACAGCAGCAUUUCAAUGUUGGUAUUGACACUUCAGAGCUUGGCACAGCACUGGCGUGAAACCGAGCAGCAAACAAACUAGCAAGUAGAGAGGUCCAGCUCCAUGUGCUGCCUGCACUUUGAAUGUGGGCCUAACCUGUGAAGAAAGGUACAAAGUGCCAAAGCUGUUGAAAUCAAUGGAAGUUAAGUACCUAGACAUCUUCACUACUCAGGACUCGGUCCUUGAAUCCUUUAGUCUCUACAUACGGGUUUACAAAUUCUCAGGAAAGGGUAAGUCCUGUACAGUUCCUCGCAUCACCCAUUCUGCUGCUGUCCCCUAUACAGCUCCUACUUGAAGAAUCCACAGGAACCAGCACAUAGUCCCAUGCAUCCCGGUGCUGCAAAAUUGGAACCUUUGCUUUUGCACAGAUCCAGUAGGAGGCUGACCCAAACAAGCUGAAGUGUUUUAUUUUUUACCUACCUCCUCAUCUGUGUAGAAGCCAAUUGAGAAACUGAGCGUGUGGUUUGGCUAUUGUCACCUUUAGCAAUCCAUUCUAGACAUGCCAUUUCUCAGUGAUAAAUUGUUUUUAAUUCACAAAAAAAGGGAAUUGCUCUCUUUUUUUUUCCCGCUUUUGUACUAAGAUCAUGUUUAAGCAGGCUACUUACUCAUUACUCCAGUUACAGUCAUUUAUGAAAAGACCUGUGUACAUGACAAAAAAAAACCCUAACUGUAUUUUGUAAGUAUAGAAGGACCAAGUUACCAUAGCACAGAAGCACAAAUGUUGGAUUUUAUGCAAUAUAGAUAACAGCAUCUGGCAGCUAGUGAUCCCUCUUCACUGAAACUCCCUAUUUUGAGUGGAGCUUCUAUAGGGAUAUGACUAAAGGGUCUCUUAGUGGCCCUCACCAGCAACACACCUGGGACUCCAGGAAGUUGUACAGCUGCAAGGAAGAAGUCGUAUAUCCUCUUUCUGUUGUUUCCACUAAUACCCCUCAGAACAUAUACUUAAUAUGUAACACUAAUAUACUAAACAGACAGAUUUUGCCAAACAUGCAGUGCUGGAUAUUUAAAAAUAAAAAAUGAAAACACACAUGGCCUAAGUAUGCACCAGUCUUUUCACUUAGUGGUCAGAGAUCUCCCAGCUGAAAACUAAAACCAGAGGGAAGAAGAAAUGCCCUAAUUCUGUGGUUAUUAGUGGAGCUGCACUGUAUGAUCCUGGAUUAAUGCAGUACUGAGCUUGCCUGUGGAACCAGAUCCCUCAAAUUCCAGUUUUUGGCAAAAUCACAGGUUGAGGUUUGCAUAGUCUCCACUGCCACAUUGAAUCAGGGUUUAUGGAAAGCAUUUUUGGUUAAGAAACAUGGCAACAGGAUCUAUUUCAAUCCUUUUACCCCAACAUCCCACUUUUCAAAAGGUAGUUUAUGUACUUCCAUAAAUUUCAUCUAAAUACCAUGGAGCACCAAGGCUGUUUCCUAUCCAUGCAUUUGGUUCAUCUGGGCUGCACUGAAGUGCCAUGCUUUCACAAGAAGCAAGCUGCAGUGAGAGAACUGAGCUAGCUGAGAGGCACAGGUACACAGGUGAAAGCAAGGGACAAAUACCACCUCCAUAAGCAGGCUGUGGCUCCUGAGCCACCUACUCUGCAGGGGAAGGCAGGAUUCAAUACCAAAGGGGAAACAGCCAGGAAUGGCAGAGCAUGGUGGUGACAGAGCCCUGUACUGCGUGUUGUUUGCUGGCGCAGAUGGGAGCAAGAGAUUGAAAAGUACACAAUGACAGUAGCAAGCACCUUCUUUCAGUUCCUCCUACUUUCUGUUCUCUGCCUCUUUUCUCUCCCCACUUUUGGUCGUUAUUUAUGAGACUGCAAACAUACUUCUAUGGGCCCUUCAACCAGAACUGAAGGCAAGCCAAAGGGAGUGAACACUCCAUUUCACCAAAGAUCUAAGCUUUUCCUGUUUGAAAAUUAAAAAAAUAAAAUUUUAUUUCCAUGAUGAUGGCUGCCACAGGAAGCAUUUUACCACAAAACAUGAUUCCCAGGACUUAAUCUCUCUAGCUGUAUAUUCAGGAGGAGCCAAUAAUAUUUUUUAAGAGAGACUAUAAAUCACCUUGUCAAGCAAGUGCUUACAUGGGGUUUACCUUCUGCUAAUUUGAUACCUAGCUGCAAUUCCUUGGUCUCAUCCAUGUUUCCUCCCUCUACCUUUCUGCUCUUCUUUAGAAAAACACCUUCCUAUGUCCGCUGCGUCCUGUUGUGCCGCUAGCUUUGUAUGGUCCUUGGGUGUCCAGUGGUCGGGCAGUCACUGUCAGCUGGCUUGCAAAUUGUAUUUUGUGUAUAUUUUAUUCUGACUGAAUUCUGAAAUGGAAAUAUUUUAAAACAAAAAGUAUAAACUAUUUAUGUUGUUUGUGUUGUAGAAUAAAGACUCAAAUGCAAAAUAAA